AUGCGGUACUCUGAAAUUUUUUCCACUGACUCUGUUCUCGCCGACUCGUUCGCUGCCAUCGCCGUCUCCACCUCACCCGGCGUCCCUGCGGUUGCAUUGCGGGCGCUCUACACGGCUGUGUUCUUGAGAGGGGAAGAUCGCGCGCAUACCGCGCGGGCGAUUGACAGCCUGUGCAGCGACGACUUCACCUUUCACGAGCAGCAGCGCGUCCUGUGCCGCAGGCGGCGCCGCAGCGCACCCGGAGCAGACGGUGUCACACACCAAAUGCUCCGAAACCUGGAUGACGACCACCGCCGGCAUCUCCUGGAAGCGUACAACACCGUCUUCCGAGAGGGCUGCCUGCCGGACCCUUGGCGCUGUGCUGUCGUCGUACCAGUACUGAAGCGCGGCAAGCCUGCACGCGACCUCACCUCCUACCGGCCUGUCUCGCUGUCGUCGGUGCCGGGUAAAACCAUGGAGACGAUGGCGCUGUCGAGGCUGCAGUGGAGCGCGCGGUGCCCUUCCGUCCGAGCAGUGCGGCUUCCGUGCGCACCGGUCUACUGGCGACUGCAUCGCUGUUGUUGUGGGCACACUGGAGCAGGCCAGGCGCGCGGGAGAAGCUGCCUUCCUCCUCCUCCUCGAUGUGCGCAGCGCCUUUGA